CUCUACCGCUACCCGAUGCCCUCCUCCUCCGCCGGCGCCCCCUCCAGCGCGCCCGCGCCGGGCGGCCACGGCGGGGGCGGCAGGGGCGGCGGCAGCGGCUCGGGCGGGCUCGCGCCGUCCAAGUCCACGGUGUACGUCUCCAACCUGGACUUCGCGCUCACCAACUCCGACCUGCACACGCUCUUCUCCCGCUUCGGCAAGGUGGCCCGCGUCACGGUCCUCAAGGACCGCGAGUCCCGCCGCAGCAAGGGGGUCGCAUUCGUGCUCUUCGUCCGCCGGGAGGACGCCGUGGCGGCGGCCGCCGAGAUGCACGGCAAGGUGCUCAACGGCCGCACCCUCGCAGCCUCCAUCGCCGAGGACAACGGCCGGGCCGCGCAGUUCAUCCGCCGCCGGGAGUACCGCGACAAGUCGCACUGCUACGAGUGCGGCGGGGAGGGCCACCUCUCCUACGAGUGCCCCCGCAACCAGCUCGGGCCCCGCGAGCGGCCGCCUCCCUCUAAGAAGUCGCGCCGCGGGGGCGGGGCUGCUGGUGGCCGUGGCGGCGGCCGCGGAAGCGGGGACGGGCCCUCCUGGCAGUCGGACGAGGACGAGGACGCCGUCGCCGCGGCGUUCGAGGACGACAGGUGGGCGUCGGUGGUGGACACGAGGGGGGAGGAGGAGAAGGCGGCCGAGAAGGAGGGCAGGGCCAAGGCCAAGGCGGCGAGGAAGGAGAAGCGGAAAGGCUACUUCAGCGACGAGAGCGACGAGGACGAUGACUGAGCUUCAGCGUAUGCUUCUAGCGUGCUGCUUCUAAGAUAGUGUCUGUAUUCUAAGAUAAAUGUUCCUAGAAAUUUUAUGAGUUGGUCAAUGAAUAAUUUCUUGUUGCAAACCUGGUCUCAUUUUGUCCGUGCCGUGUUAUUAUGCUUAUUACGCUUAUCAGGUAGUAUGAACAAUUUCCCUGGUUUA